AUGAAGGUGAUCCCGAGCGUCAUUGCCCUCGGGGCCUUCGUGACCGCCCUCGUCUACAGCCCGCAGACUGCGCGUGCUCAAGACGUCGUGGAGGCCGAGCCUGGCACUGAGCUCUUCAACCAGUUCCGCCCCGUGUAUCACUUCACGCCUCGCGAGAAGUGGAUGAACGACCCGUGCGCGCCGUACUACGACGAGGCCACCGGUCUGUAUCACAUGUUCUACCAGCUCAACCCGAACUCGACGAUCUGGGGCAACAUGACCUGGGGCCACGCCGUGUCCAAGGACCAGGUCACGUGGGAGGACUACCCGGACGCGCUCCGUCCGUUUGAGGACAAGUGGGACAACCUCGGUGUGUUCUCAGGUUUCGCCAUGGACAACGCCAUCGAAGGCAAGCACACGGUGUUCUACACUGGUGUGACUGCCCUCCCCAUUUCGUGGAAGAAGCCCUACCUGUUCGGCGAGCACGUCGUGUACGCUACUACGGAAGACGGAGGUAAGACCUGGCAGAAGGGCAGCGAGCCUCUGAUUGAGCUGCCGCCUGAGGGCCUCAACGUCACGGGCUGGCGUGACCCGAUGCCGUUCCACUCGAAGUCGCUCGACGCUCACUUUGGCUACGACGCUGCCAACGCCUCUAACUACCUGCUCGUGGCCGGUGGCAUUAAGGAGGUUGGCCCCCGCCACUUCCUCUACCACUCGGUGGACUACAAGAACUGGGAGUACAAGGGCUACCUCAUCGCUCAGGAGAAGAACACCACGUUCUCGCAGUACAGCGGCAGCUGGGGCUUCAACUUCGAGACCUCCAUCUACCGCGAGAUGACGGACGAGGACGGAGAGAUGCACAACGUGAUGCUGUUCGCUGCUGAGGGCGACCCGAACCGCUACCCGAUGUGGGCCACCGGCACGAUCUCCGGCGGUGGCUGCGGUGUUGAGACCGACGCUGAGGCGGGUCUGUUCACCCCUCUGAUGGUCGGAGUGUCGGACCGCAGCGACUGGUACGCCAACAGCAUCUACACCGACAAGGACGGCAAGAAUGUCCUGAUCGGCUGGAUCACCGAGGACAACAACUUCACUACUGGUCAGCCGCAGGGCUGGGACGGUAUGCUGUCGGUGCCGCGUGAGGUCGGUAUCACUAUCCUGCGCGACAUCAACGAUGUCGACAGCCACCUCGUGGGCAAGGGCGACUGGAUCGUGUCCGACUCCAAGGACGUGUCGUGCGCCGACGGCUUGGCCAAGCAGAGCAAGACCAUCAAGACGCUGAGUGUGAAGGCGCUGAGCGACUUGCAGCUGCUGCGCAACGAGAACGCGCACGAGCAGGUGGCCAGCGUGUCGAUGAAGGGCUCGUCGCAGGUGCUCAACUCGACCGGUGCGUCGUUCGAGCUGAUCGCCGAGGUGUCGGAGUUCGAGCGUGGCAGCAAGGUCGGUUUCGAGGUGCGUCGCAGCAGCGCCGGUGAUGAGGUCACGACCAUCGUGUACGACGACGCGGAGAAGAAGAUCAUCAUUGACCGCUCGAAGAGUUCGACGGCCACGUGCGCCGUGUUCGCCGACAACGACGUGAAGCCGAUCUCGGAGUCGGUCUGGGGCCACUUCUACCUGUACGACAUCUUCACGGGUGCGUCCAAGAGCGACGUGUGCGAGUCGAAGCGCGAGAAGCUGAGCUUCCACGUGUUCGUGGACGUGUCGAGCGUCGAGGUGUUCGUGAACGACCGCUUCUCGCUGUCGGCCCGCAUCUACCCGUGCGCGAGCCAGACCAAGUCGGACGGCAUUGCUCUGACCGCUUCGGGCGACGCGACGUUCGAGAACGUGCAGGUGUGGACGGAGCCCAAGCACGCCUGGGCUGACAAGCGCACCGUGCCCAGCUUCUAA